GAAGGAGUUUAUCCAACAUUACCAAUCUUACAGCUAACUGCAAAACCCAAUGAAUAUAAAAUAUUCACUAAAUAUAAAGUGGAGACCACUUGGGAAAGAGCAAAAAAUAAAAUUACUGUUAUUUCUUCUAUUAAUUAUAUUGAACAAAAACCUACUUAUAAAAUCCAAUGGAUUGAUAAAGAUACUUAUCAAGAAAAAAUAAUUCAAUCAAACAAAUCAUCAUCUAAUGCAGCAUUAUUAUUUUCUUUAGAAUAUAACAAAGGAAAAAAAACUGAAUAUUCUGGUCCAGAAAUCUUUGGUUUGCAAUUAGAGCCUGUAGAAAAAGAACGCCUUAAAAAAUGA